AUGUCACAUGUUUACAACCCGUUCGAGUGGCUCCGUACGCGCCGGAUAUACACGAAACCCUUGCCGGAUUGUAGCUUGGAACUUAAGGAAGAUGUAUUGGCUGUUUUUAAGCGCCAGGAGAAAAUUUUCUCGAAGGAAGUGAUACUGUCAAAUCUCCUCGACCACACCAGAACAAUGUUUGAUCACGAGAAUGCGGACACAAAAGCAAUGUUUAACGCUGCCAAGGAAUUUGCCCUUGGCAUGGAGCUGAUUUCGGAUGAGUUGGGAGACGAAUUUCACUUACGGUUGCAAACUUUUGUCAUCGCAAAGUCGGAAUGGACUGGGAAAACUCGUGUCGACCAUCACUGCUACAGUUCUAUUAAUUGGUGGGCACUAGAGACGUCUAGAACGUAUUGUCGGAAGUAG